AUGUGGAAACGUUGGUCUUUUAAACCUAACUCAGAACCCCCAGUCUUAAGGACUUCCGCCGAUGAGGAAGCCCUGGCAGAAUAUGUAUACUCUAAGGUUAUUUAUCAAGCAGGUGUAGAUUUUGAAAGCAAGCCAAUGGUGGUGAUUUGCGCCUGCAACCUGCCAAAUCCUGCAGAUGUCAAUUAUGAUAGAAUUUUAUCCCGAAUACUACAGAAACUAGAUAUUUUUGUUGAAAGUGAUUAUACUGUUGUGCUCUUCGCCGGAGGUGCCAAAUAUAAUCCUGCUAAAUAUGUUCCUAUUACGCAGAUUGACAUACCUCCUGCUGUUUACGAAUACAAUUUAAAAUUCGAAGAUAAGAUUACAUUACCAAAUUUAUACAAUUAUGAUGAAGAUGGACAUUUGAUGUUUGGGGUCCCUAUUGAAAGACUCAUGGGCACUGAAGGAGAAAAUGGAUUACCAAGAGUUGUUAAAGAUUGUGUCGCGUAUAUAAGAUCCGAAGGUGUGUUUCGUAGAUCACCUAGUUCCGUAUUAUUACGGCAAGCAAAGGAAGCCUAUGAUCGAGGAAAUCCUGUAAAUUUAAAAGAUUAUGGUGUUCAUGUGGCAGCAGUUCUUCUUAAAAUGUUCUUUAAUGCUCUGCCAGUGCCAGUUUUUCCUGUGGAAACAUACGAUACCCUUAAACAAAUAUUACAUAAGCCAAAUUAUUUGGGAAGAAUUGAAUUUAUUCGUAGUAGUGUUUUUCCACUAUUAUCUCCCGUGGUAAUCCUUGUUCUAAGAUAUGUUUGCGCGCUUCUUGUUGAUAUUUCAAAGCACAAAAACGAAAACUUAAUGACGCCACAUAAUCUUGCGGUAAUGUUUGCACCGAACUUAGUACAUAGUGGCAAUCCAGUAUUAGAUGUUAGUAUGUGUGUUUUGAAAGUUAACGAUGAUAUUAACGGUGGUGGAGUGGGCAUAUUGAUGAAGCUCGCAAUAGAACAUUUUGAUAUUAUGUUUGAAGGAUAUGAAGAUUUAAGUAAUCGAAUCCGACCAGAGA